GUAAGAAAGAUUUAUCUCAUCCUAAUAUCGAACUGUGAAGGUGAAAGAGAUAACAAAACAGUGAAGUUGGUUCCCCAUUAUCAAAACAGGGGAAAGCUCCCUCUUUCUUGUCUUUUUCUUUUGCUGCUGCUACUGUGUUACUGAUCUUUGCUCACCAACAGGGGUUUAGAUUUGAACGCAAGGGUAUAUGUUCUUAUCACAACAUAUCAAGCUUCUCAUGAUUAUUUCUAGUUAAUGUUCGUUAAUUGCCUACAUGUGAAUUCCAUGAGCUUUAUUUAAUUUUUUAGUUGUGGGAGCAAAAGUUUCUGGCUUUCAAGAUUUCUGGUGGUGUUAGGCUUAGUCAACUGGUUGUAAAUAACUACUGUUCUGUGCACGACCCAAUUAUUGAGAUUUAAGAUUUUGUUCUAGUCUGUUUCUGUUCACCAUCUUCGAGGAUUAGGGUUUUGUGUUUGAGUUCCAAGAAUGAAUAGUUCGGGUUUGGGUGGUGGAUUUUUAUCUGGUCCCAGUGGGGGGAUUUUGGACUUGGAAUCUUCAUUUCAUAGACAUCAACAGACUCAACUUGGUCAUCCAUCAAUUACUGGUCAACAACACUUGAAUAUCAUGGGUGGUCUCGAAAGUGAUCACCCCAUUGGCCUAAUUGAAGUGAAAAAUUUGAAUGCCGGGUUGAAUUUUGGUAAAGGAAAGACAAUUGCUCCUUCCAAUAGUAAUGAGUUGAGUGACGAGGAUGAGCCUAGCUAUGCAGAAGAAGGGAAUUGUGAGAACCCGGAUGGUGGGAAGAGCAAAAAGGGGUCUCCUUGGCAGCGAAUGAAGUGGACAGAUAAUGUGGUUAGGCUUCUUAUAACAGUGGUGAGUUGUGUGGGUGAUGAUGGCACUAUUGGGGGCAUGGAUGGUCAUAAAAGGAAAUCUGGGGUUUUACAGAAGAAGGGCAAGUGGAAAACAGUCUCUAAGAUAAUGAUAAGCAAGGGUUGCCAUGUGUCGCCUCAGCAGUGUGAGGACAAGUUCAAUGACUUAAAUAAGAGAUACAAGAGGUUAAAUGACAUACUUGGAAGGGGAACUUGUUGUCAAGUGGUUGAGAAUCCUGCAUUAAUGGAUUCAAUACCUAACCUGUCAGCUAAGAUGAAGGAUGAUGUCAGGAAGAUCCUGAGCUCAAAACACUUGUUUUAUAAGGAGAUGUGUGCCUACCAUAAUGGGCAAAGAAUACCAAAUUGUCAUGAACUUGAUUUACAAGGUUAUUCUAUGGAGCAUGGGAGGGACUCAAGAGAAAAUAAUGGAUCUGAGGAUGAAGAUGAGGAGAACAAUGAUAGUGAGGAUGAUGAGUUGGAUGAUGAAAUUAAUAUUAAUGCACACGAGGAUGGAGGGAGGAUGCAGGAACUCUGUGAUAGAAAUACAUUAAGCGAGGAGGAUGGCCAUUUUGGCCCACAAACUUCUCGGAUGGACAAAUUUGAGGUUGAAAUGGCAAGAGUUUUUCAAGACCCCGGAAAGUCAUUACGGGAACAAAGAGAGUGGAUUAAAAUCCAGAUGUUGCAGCUUCAAGAGCAAAAUAUCAGCUACCAAGCCCAAGCUCUUGAACUUGAGAAACAGCGGCUUAAGUGGUUAAGAUACUGCAGCAAGAAGGACAGAGAGCUGGAGAGGCUGAGAUUGGAGAACAAAAGAAUGAAAUUAGAAAAUGAGCGCAGGAUCUUGAAACUGAAACAAAAAGAGCUAGAGACAGAUUUCAGUACAUCUGAGAUGCCUUUAGACCCUGCCUCUAUAGGAAUGAACCGGCCGCAGGGGAGGGAACAUAUCAGCUUAGGCAGACAACAGUAGCUGUUUCUCAGAAAGGAUCAGCCGUUAUUGCUUAAAUGAGUGCUGUGGCGCUAGCAACUUAGCUGAGAUGCGCAAAUUCAUUUGGAAUGUGAAUGUUUUUGCUCAAGUAGUUGUGUGCUUUACCUCAUUUAAUCACUAUAAAUUGGCAUGUGGGAUUUUGCCAGUAUGACAGAAAAGAAGGAUGUUGCUCCAAGACACUUAGCUCUUAUUGGUCAUCAAUUCACCAUUGAUGUGGAUUUGACUUGUUUUUGUCAUCUUAAUUGUAACUGUUAUUGUUGUAUCCGCAUGCCACAUGCGUUAUUUUUGGCCUUAAAGCUGCAUAUUGUACACAAAAAUAAUUGUGCAAUUCGGGGAAAAAGGUUACAAGCAUCCCUGGGAGUAUGCACCGACUUGAAUCUGUAACUUUUUUUGGUACAGACUUUAUUAUAACUUUGUUACGUUAAGUUGCUACAUGAAGAAUGUUUGAUUCAUUUUUAA